AUGGCCUUUCAGGACCUUCUUAUUCACAUUGGCAGCCUAGGGAGGUUCCAGAUCUUUCAGAUGGCUUUCCUUCUGAUCUGUAUUGGCAUGGUGCUUACCCACUCUCUUUUGGAGAACUUUACUGCAGCCAUUCCUAGUCAUCGCUGCUGGGUCCCCAUUCUUGACAAUGGCACUGUCUCUGUCAAUGACAGUGGGAUCCUGAGUCAAGAUGACCUCCUGAAGAUUUCAAUUCCCCUGGACUCCAACCUGAGGCCAGAAAAGUGCCGUCGCUUUGUCCAACUACAAUGGCAUCUCCUUCAUCUGAAUGGCAGCUUCUCCAGUAUGACGGAGCCAGACACAGAGCCCUGUGUGGAUGGUUGGGUGUAUGACCGAAGCACCUUCCUCUCCACCACUGUGACCCAGUGGGACCUGGUAUGUGGAUCUCAGGCACUAAAUUCAGUGGCUAAAUUUUUAUUCAUGAUGGGCCUUUUUACAGGACAUAUCAUAGGUGGCCAUUUAUCAGACCGGUUUGGGAGGAAGUUUGUUUUCACGGGUGCUUUACUGCUGAUGGCCAUGAGUGAAACCUGUGCAGCUGUGGCUCCCACCUUCCUCAUCUACUGCACAGUUCGCUUCCUGGCAGGGAUGUCCUCCUCAUCCAUGAGGACAAACGGUGUUUUGCUCAUUUUAGAAUGGACAAGCCCUAAAUUCCAAGCUUUGGUAAUGGCACUGGCAUUUUGUGCUGGGGGGAUUGGACAGCUAUUAUUGGGAGGCCUGGCUUUUGCUAUCCGAAACUGGCACCACCUCCAGCUGGCAAUGUCUGUACCAAUGUUCUUCUUCCUUAUUCUCACAAGGUGGCUGUCAGAGUCAGCUCGGUGGCUGAUUGUGACCAACAAACCCCAGAAGGGCUUAAAGGAACUUAGAAGAGUUGCACACAUAAAUGGAAUGAAGAGUUCUGAAGAUGUCCUAACCAUAGAGGUUGUGAGAAACACCAUGAAAGAUGAACUGGAGGCAGCACAGACAAAACAUUCCCUGUUGGACUUGUUCCGUACACCCAACCUACGUAAGCGGGUCUGUCUCCUGUGCUUUGUGAGAUUUGUGUCAUUGAUCUCUGUUUUGGGUCUGCUUAUCCACUUCCAAUACCUAAGCAGUAACGUGUUCCUACUGCAGUGUCUCUUUGGUGUAGUAUCCAUCCCAGCCAAUGUGCUUGGGAAUUUUUCAGCGAACCACAUGGGCCGCAGAAUAACCCAAAUGAUUUUCAUGUCUCUGAUGGGAAUCUCCAUUUUGACCAUCAUAUUUUUGCCUCAAGAAAUGCAGACCCUGCGUACAGUUUUGGCAACAUUUGGAGGAGCAAUUUCUUCUGCCUCUAUAACAAGUACUCUUGUGCAUGCAAAUGAGCUUGUCCCCACUGUAAUCAGGGCAACUGCUCUGGGAGUCGUUGGAAUCGCUGGUAGUGCUGGAGCAGCCCUGUCUCCCCUGUUUAUGAUCCUCACGGUCUACUCUGCCAACUUGCCCUGGAUCAUCUAUGGAGUCUCUCCCAUCCUUGGUGGCCUUGUUGCCCUUCUCCUCCCUGAGACCAAGAAUCAGCCUCUGCCUGACUCCAUCCAAGAUGUGGAAAAUGAGAGGAAAAGCUCAAGAGAGGCAAAGAAGGACUCUGUCACCAAGGUGACACCAUUUUAA